CCGUGGGGCAUUCCGGGUGUCGAUCGGGCCUGACGUGGGGACUCACGGUCAGUUCUUCCUUGACUAUGAGCGACGAUCGCCCGUGUAGGCGACCGCGCAUCAGUAAUUAUGAACGCAUGCGUUUUAUUCUCGGUGGCUCUGUCGUUGCUGGCUUCACUGCCGUCGCCGACCAUACAGGACGAUUAUUAUGCGUGGCCUCAGUACGGUACUUCUGAUCGGUAUGCGACAGCCGUGAAUAGCCCACCGGGUCAUUCUAAGCGGAAUGGAAAUAACGGUUUUUCCGGACCACCGGGUCAUAAUAAAUGGGGAGGCGGUGGCAGAGGUCCGCCAGGUGCUAACGGUCCUCCCGGAUUAGCUGGCGGCGGUCCUCCAGGAUUAAACGGUAAACGUCCUCCGGGUUGGAACAAAGUAGAUCCCGAAAGGCCGACCGAAGGUGAAAAGCUUCCAGAUCCAGGUAGCGGAGAAUCCAUUCAUAAACCUCGCCCUAGUGGCCAUAAAGAAAAUCCUGUUGGUCCAGACGAUCGUAUACCCGAUUCGAACAAUUAUCCGCAAAAUCGACAGUGCAGAAAUGACGAAUUUCGUUGCGGAAGUAACGAGUGUUUACCGCAAAGUGUCCAAUGCGAUAACAAAAUUGAUUGUCGCGAUUCCAGCGACGAAAAAUUUUGUACUGAUUUCGAUUAUAGAAACAGGAAUAAGCAAGAGGGCUGCGUCCUGCCUGAACAACCGGAAGGCGGGCGUUACGAGGUAGGAGGUUGCGCUGCACGUUGUAUUAAACGUCCUGGUGACAUAGUUCCCAACAACAGCAUUCUCACUUACAGUUGUAAAAACAAUUACAUACUGAGCGGAAACACUAUUUCCGUUUGUGUCAACAAUGAAUGGUACAAACCGCCAUCGUGUCUUAAAGUGUGCCCGCCGUUAAGCAGCAGCAGCGUAGACAUUUCCUGCAGUUACAAGGGAGAAACGGUGUCCUGUAGCGAACGUAUACUGCCGGGUACACGGGCUAUGCUCGCCUGUAAAUCAUCUUAUAAAUUACCUUUAACGAACGAUCCGGCUUACAGGGAGAUCACGUGUCUCGACGAUGGUUUAUGGGACCGACGCGUUUUUCGCUGUCUACCAGAAUGCGGGACGUCAAUUGCGCACGGCAACACUUUAAUCGUGAAUGGAUUCGAGGCCAAAGUAGGGGUAUUUCCCUGGCACGUUGGCAUUUACAUGAAGAAAAGUACGGGCGAUUACGAGCAGGUAUGCGGCGGCACUCUCAUCAAUAGCAAUCUCGUCGUAUCAGCGGCCCAUUGCUUUUACGAUGAGGUUUUCAACAAGCUCCACGACACGUCCAAGUACGCGGUGGCCGCCGGCAAACAUUACCGCAAUUGGAACGCCAAAGAAGAGUACGUUCAGAAAUCGUUAGUGGAGAGUAUCCGGUCGGGUGGCAGAUAUAUGGGCGCGCGGGGUAAUUUUGCCGACGACAUAUGUCUGGUGAAGCUGAUGACGCCCUUCGAAUUGACCGUUUUGGUGAGGCCCGUCUGCUUGGACUGGGACAACGCGUACGAGCGGGAGCAGCUGCGAGUGGGACAAGCUGGCAAGGUGGUCGGCUGGGGUAAAGACAUCAAAGGCGAAUCCACCGAGAGCUUACAGGAAAUUGACAUGCCGUUCGUGCCGUACCAUCAGUGUUUGUCCGCGGUGCCGCUAGAUUUCCGAGGAUUCCUCACGUCCGACAAGUUUUGUGCCGGCCACUUGAACGGUUCCAGUGUAUGCGAAGGAGAUAGUGGCGGCGGUUUAUGCUUCGAGAAGAACGGCAUCUGGUAUCUCCGUGGUAUCGUCAGCGUAAGCCCGGAGAAGAGAGGCAGCUGCGAUUACAACUCAUACGUUGGAUUUACCUACAUCAGUCACUUCCGUGAUUGGAUUCGCGAUGCUUACGUCAGCGCGUAAACGUUCCGGCGGACGUGAGUUGUCCGGUACAUGAAAUAUGUUGCUGGCAUCAUCGAGCUUGCAAUAACGCCAGACAAGAAGAUGUGACGUAUAAACAAUGUAAUAACAGCAACAAAACGGAUUGACAAUUGACGUCGAAAUUCUAAUAUCGACGGAUAAAACGAGAGCGUUUUUCAAGAUUUAUGCGAUCAAUUUUUCUAUUGAUGUUUCUAUUCUUUUCUAUUGAUGUGUAAAAAUAUCAUUUAUAACAAUUUUUAUUA